AUGCAUGCGAAAGAAGAAAUAGAAAUGAAUGAAUUCUAAAUUGAAGAUCCAUAAGAACUAUCAAUAGAAGAACAAAUCUCUGAGAAAAUGAAACCUUAAAUAUCGAACUCAGAACGAAAAGCAAUCAUAAGAUUUACUGUAUUAUAUUUUGUGAUUGGAAUACCAGCUGGAUUUUAUGCAUCAUUGACUCUUCUACUUUAAGGAAGUGGUAUUUCAUCAGGUUAAAUGGGUAAAGUAAAUUAAUUAGAUAAUAGCAUUUUGGGUUACUUGUCUUUAUCCAUUAUCUUUCAAAUUAAUCUUGGCUCCCUUUGUAGAUAGUUUCUAUAUUAGUUAUUUUGGAAAGAGGAAGACAUAUGUGAUACCUUCCUUGUAUAUGCUUGGUUUAACAUUUAUAACUUUGGCAUAUAAUGGAUAUUCCUAAUGGAUAGAGGAACUUAAUUUGUAUCCUUUGUUUGGAUUAACUAUUUUACUCACAGUUUUGUAAGCAUGUGCAACAAUAGCAACUAACGGAUGGGUUCUAACAUCCUUUUCAAAACAUUAUGUUCAUUUGGGGGCAACUUGUCAAAUGGUUGGAUUAUCAUUAGGUUAUGUAUUUAGUUAUGCUAUUUUGAUGAAUAUCACAUCCCCAUACUUUUGUCUAUAAUAUUUGGGUUUAGAUUAACCAAUCAUAUCACUAAACUCAUACACAUAUAUUCUAGGGUCUUUAAUUUUAUUUAUUGCAAUUAUAACCUAAUGUUUAGCUACUGAAGAUUUUGUAGAAGAAGAAAAACCUAAUUUUAUAUAAGUGUUAAAAUCAUCAUUUUCAUUGUUAAGUAAUUCAAAUUUAAGAUUUUUAUUACUCUUUCUAUUAACAAGGAGAUUUGCAUUUGCUCCUGUGAUAGCAUCAACUUCAUUGAAUUUAAUUCAAAUGGGGUUUCCUUAAUCUGAAUAUGCAUCCAUUGAAGCUAUAUGUACUACUUCUUGGAUAUUGAGUUCAUUAUUGGUUGGUAAAUACCUUUAAAGAGGGAAAGAAAUGUCUUGGGUCUUAAAUGCUUAUUAUCUUAUGUUUUUGGUAAUGGGAACUCAUUUUGUAUAUGUAAUUAGUUUUCUAAAGAUGGGAGGAUACAAUAAGUUUACUUAAACUAUUUAUGUAAAUUAUACAAUAAUAAACUUAGUUUAUAUUAUAAUAUUUAUAUGAAUUCAAUAAUUCAUUUAUAUCAUGUACAUUAUCUGGAUUUUUUUUGAGGAUUGCUGAUCCUACUAUUGGAGGAACAUAUGCUACUUUAUUAUUUAGCUGUUAUUUAUUUGGAACAUAAUUUUCAGCAAGUGUAUCCUUGUUUUUAUUGCAUCUACUUCCCUAUAAAACUGUUGUACUUUUAGGAUGGUUAUAUGGAUUGAUUUACUUUACAGUUAUCAAAGAUAAAUUAAUAAAGUUGUAAUUGUAAACAUUUUAUUUAUAUUCAAUACUAGUUUUGACUUAAAAUCUUGGAAAGUCAUGUGA